AUGACUAAAUCGGGAAUAGACAUUUCUUUGCACCCAUUGCAACAGAAUAUACUUCAAAUGGACAAAAAAAUAACUAGAAACAUGACUCCGAGAGCACUUGAAGGAGUCAAAUAUGGCCGAACAAAGGGGCUGACCAAAUUUGGACCGAAGGUGACGGAGCAGAAUCGUCUUCAAGGAUCGCGUCAUUUUCAAAGAGGACGGAGAAUGGUCAACCAUCCUCUAAAAUCAAAUAUGAAAAAAAUGCUCCAAAAGGAUGUACAAGAGGGAACCCCCCCUUCUGUAUCAUUCAUCAGCUUGUAUCAGUAUGCCACCAACUGGGAAAAGUUAAUCCUUGUGGCUGGACUAAUUGCCUGUUCAAUUACUGGAUUAUCACAAGCGUUCACGGCCUUGAAUUUUUGUGAGCUUGCAGACGCUAUGAUACAUUAUGGCAGCUUAAAUGAAACAACUCAACAGAAUAAAGACCAUUUUAUGGAAAAAGUUAUUCGAUUUCUCAUACGUGACGGGCUGGUUGUCGUAUCUUAUCUGAUUUUCAAAUAUGUUGCGAUCGUGGCUUUCAAUUACGCAGCUUGCAACCAGGUACUGCGGAUGCGUCGACUCUUCUUCCGUGCUAUGAUGAAUUGGGACAUGGAAUGGUACGACCUUCAUGAAAGUGGCGAAUUGGCGAGUCGAAUCAAUGAAGAUCUGGCGAGGAUCGAAGAUGGGAUCGGUGAAAAAGUACCAAUGUAUCUGCACUACAUCGUCGCCUUUGUUUCUUCGCUAAUUCUAUGUUUCUUCUACGGUUGGGAGCUUACUUUGGUGUGUCUAGCGCCUGUGCCGAUAUCAUUAUUAAUUCUUUUCUUUCUAACUUCAAGGACCGCCAGGCAGACAAAAGCUGCGUUCAACGCCUAUGCGCAAGCUGGAGCAGUUGCGGAAGAGGUUUUCAGUGCAAUUAGGACAGUCCAUGCUUUCGAUGGUAAAGAGAAGGAAAUUGAACGCUAUAAUGAGAAAAUAGCCAACGCCGCGAAGGCCAGUCAAACUCGGGAGCUAUACUCUGCUCUUUUAAGUGGACUGCAGUGGACGCUCUUCUGCCUCCUGAAUGCCCUGGGAACCUGGUACGGGAUGCAACUGCUUGUGAAGCAAAUGCACUGGGACCCAUCUGACAUUGUAUACACCCCAAAAACCAUGUUUAUUAUUUUCUACACAAUUUGCGUCUCAGUAUCACAUAUAGCCCUUUCCUCAAUAUUCAUCGAAAGUUUUGCCUCAGCCCAGGCUGCAGGUGCAAAAGUUUUACACUUAAUUAAGCAAGCUUCGAAAAUUGAUCCCUUGGGCAAUCAUGGUCUUAGGCCAGCCACCUGUAUGGGCAACAUAUCCUUCCAGAACAUUCACUUCCAAUAUCCAAGCCGACCCGACGUAAAGAUCCUGAAUGGUUUUAGCUUAUCCAUACGGAGAGGUGAGUCCGUUGCAAUUGUGGGCCACUCGGGAUGUGGUAAGUCAACUUGCAUACAAUUACUCCAACGUUUGUAUGAUCCAAGCGAAGGUGAAAUUUUAUUGGAUGGAAUCGAGAUUAAAUCGCUAAAUGUAAAUUGGUUACGAGAAAAAAUUGGUGUCGUGGGACAGGAGCCGGUUUUAUUUGGAACGAGCAUUUACGAGAAUAUCCGAUAUGGGCGAGAAAAUGCUGGAAAGAAGGAUAUUGAAGAAGCUGCAAGGGUUGCAAAUGCUCAUGACUUCAUUGUGAAGCUACCCCAGGGUUACAAUACGCAAGUUGGAGAACGUGGUGCUCAGCUCUCAGGAGGUCAAAAGCAACGAAUCGCUAUAGCCAGAGCUCUCGUACGAAACCCUGAUAUUUUACUACUGGAUGAAGCAACUUCUGCGUUGGACAUUAAAAAUGAAGCUAAAGUUCAAGUAGCCUUAGAAAGGGCUAGCAAAGGAAGGACCACAAUAAUUGUAGCCCAUCGCCUGUCAACCAUUCGAAACGCCGAUAAAAUCGUUGUUUUGGACAAAGGACAGGUCGUUGAGAUGGGGUCACAUAAUGAGCUGAUGAUGAAGCAUAGUGUUUACUAUAACAUGGUGACAAAUCAAUUGAACAAGGAGAUGAAUUACAACAGCCCCGAAUCGCCUCUCAUCAUAACAGAGCUUGAUGAAGCCGAUGAUGAAUCCUCUGUUCAUGUUGAUGAGACACCCGAAAAGGAGCCACCGAGUGACAUACUCAUGAAGCCGGCUACUACCCUCCAAAUUUUAAAGAUUCAUCCAACUGAUUGGCCCUUGUUGGUAUUCGGAAGCAUAGGAGGAUUCCUUGGGGGAGCUACAAUUCCAUUAUUCGCGGUUGCCUUUGGCGGCUUCCUAGGAGCGUUGGUUAGCCGAAAUGAAGAAGAACUUUUGAAAGUCGGAGAAAAAUAUGGGAUUUUUUGGUUGGCACUUGGACUCUUUGUUGGCGUAUUCUUCAUCCUUCAGAAUUUUUCAUUAGGACUAGCUGGAGAGUCAUUAACUAAAUAUUUGCGGAGUCUAUGUUUCAAAACAAUGCUAAACCAGGAGAUCGGUUGGUUCGACGAUAAAAGAAAUGGAACUGGAGUGCUUUGUGCUAGGUUAUCUGGAGAAACUGCAGACGUUCACCAGGCGAUGGGGUCCCGAAUCGGCAACAGUUUUAUGUCUCUUGGACUUAUAACCAUAGCCUUUCUAGUAUCUUUAAUGUAUAAAUGGCAAAUGAUGUUAAUAGCAGGAGUAUUUAUGCCACUGAUCUACGCAACAAUAUGGGGAGAAAAGAAAGUAAGACACCGUGAAACUGUAAUGAAGGCCAGCGCUUUGAGAUCAUCAACAAAGCUUGUUGUGGAAGUAAUAGGGAACAUUCGCACAGUCGUAGCUCUAGGCCGACAAAAGUUGUUCUGCAAUAAAUACAUGGAUCUGCUCAUCCCCGCUGCCAAAAGACAAGAGUUCAACAUUCAUAUUCGUGGAAUCUGCUAUGCCCUCACGACUUCACUGACAACCAUGAUUUUUCUUCCAAUGAUCUUUUAUGGUUGCCAUCUGAUUUUGAAAGGGGAGCUUUAUUUUGGGGAUGCAAUCAAAAUUGCUCGAUGUUGGAGCACGGUAACAGUCAUGGUAUCCAACCAAAUGGCAUACACGCCAAAUGUUCAACGGGGGUUGUUGGCAGCAGCAAACAUAUUUGGUCUAUUGAAACGAGAACCAAAAAUCGUAGACACCGAAGAGUCCUAUCGAAAUACAAAACAAAAGUCAAAAGGGAACGUUAAAUUCGAGGACGUAGAUUUUAGCUAUCCAACCAACCCCGAAGCAAAAAUCUUGAAUGACUUAAACCUAGACGUGAAUCAAGGACAAAAUAUUGCUCUUGUAGGACCGUCAGGAUGUGGCAAGUCGACAUGCAUUCAAUUGCUCCAGCGAUUUUACGAUACCAACCGCGGGAAAGUAUCAGUUGACGAAGAGGACGUGCGCUCCUUGACGCUACGAAAUUUACGACUCGAAAUGGGAAUUGUAUCGCAGGAGGCGUCCCUGUUCAAUCGAACCAUAGCAGACAAUAUUGCAUACGGGGAUAACACGAGAAAGGCUUCAUUCCACGAAAUCGUUGAAGCAGCGAAAAAAGCAAAUAUUCACAAUUUCAUAGUAACUUUGCCUGAGGGGUACGAGACAAAAGUUGGAGACAAGGGUACGCAGCUUUCCGGUGGACAAAAACAACGGAUAGCUAUCGCCCGGGCGCUAAUUCGAAAUCCGAAAAUCCUUUUAUUAGAUGAAGCCACCUCAGCUCUGGAUAUUGAAAGUGAAAAGGUCGUACAAGCAGCCCUGGAUCUCGCUAAGAAAGGUCGAACCUGUAUAACAAUAGCCCAUCGACUGGCAACCAUUAUGGAUGCUGACGUAAUUUACGUUUUAAAAGAUGGACGAAUUGUCGAGAAUGGAUCACAUAAAGAGCUCUUGGAAAUGACAGGAAUUUAUUAUGAACUCUACAAGUCGCAAAGGACUCAUAACGCUUGGAAAUAA